AAUAAAUGGUCAGCAACUCUGAAACAAGGAAGUAAUAUUCUUUGAAUGCAAAAUGUUUGUUUUCAUCUACCUUUCUGUUUGGAUUUUGUGCAGAGAAAUGACGAUGAUUCAUGGAUCAAAGUUAGGAGAUAGAAGUUCCGAUGUAAGUGUAUCAGGAUUCUCAGCCUCUGUGAGAACAGGAAAAUAUCUGGUGAGAGGACAAAUCGUGAGGUUUGACAAAGUAUGGAGCAACAUUGGUAAUGAUUAUGAUCCACAAUCUGGUAUAUAUACAGCUCCGCAAGGUGGCGCUUAUCAUUUCUCUUGUACAGUAAUGUCUAGUGGUAAUACAGUGAUUCGUGUUAGUCUGAUGAAAAAUAACCUGAGGACUGUCGCAAAUUUUGCCAGAGGUUCUAACAGUGCAACAUUGAAUAUAGUACUCGACUUGAAAGAAGGAGACAAAAUAUGCAUUAGACAAGUCCAUUAUGGAAACUAUAUUUAUUCUGAACCUAGUUAUAACUUCAGUAUGUUCUCUGGUUUUCUCAUAGCAUGAGUAACAUUUAUAUACCAUUCAGAAUUGUGACACAGCAGAAGAUCUUAAUAAAAUACAUUUUGAAACUA